AAAGUCACCUGUUUCAUGCUACAUCACAUUGAGGAGCCAUGUUCCCUGGGGGCCCAUGCUGCUGUCAUUGUGCCUCCUACCUGGAUCAUUAAGGUGAAGAAACCUCAGAACUCCUUAAAGACUUCAACAAGACGAAAGAAGAGAACGUCCUUUAAAAGAAAAACCAGCAAAAGAGGAAACGAAGUAGGUAUUCAAGAUAACAAAGGCCGGCCUUUUGUGAUAAAGCCUAUCUCCUCUCCACUCAUGAAGCCACUGCUGGUCUUCGUCAAUCCAAAAAGUGGAGGGAAUCAGGGCACCAAGGUUCUCCAAAUGUUUAUGUGGUAUUUGAAUCCACGCCAGGUCUUUGAUCUCUCUCAGGAAGGGCCAAGAGACGCGCUGGAGCUGUACAGAAAGGUGCCAAACCUGAGGAUCCUGGCAUGCGGUGGGGAUGGGACGGUGGGCUGGAUCCUGUCCAUCCUCGAUGAGCUGCAACUCAGCCCCCCACCUCCUGUGGCUGUCCUUCCACUUGGCACGGGGAAUGACCUUGCCCGCACCCUCAACUGGGGUGGGGGUUACACAGAUGAGCCGGUGUCGAAGAUCCUGUGCCAUGUAGAAGAUGGGACCAUUGUCCAGCUGGACCGCUGGAAUCUUCAGGUUGAGCGCAACCCUGAUUUGCCUCAGGACGAGCUGGAGGAUGGGGCACGUAAGCUUCCCCUCAAUGUCUUCAAUAAUUACUUCAGUCUUGGAUUUGAUGCACAUGUUACGCUGGAGUUCCAUGAAUCCAGAGAAGCAAAUCCAGAGAAAUUCAACAGCCGAUUUAGAAAUAAAAUGUUUUAUGCAGGGGCAGCCUUUACAGACUUUCUGCAAAGAAGCUCAAGAGAUUUAUCCAAGCAUGUUAAAGUUGUGUGUGAUGGUACAGACCUGACUCCAAAGAUCCAGGAGCUGAAGUUCCAGUGUAUAGUGUUUUUAAACAUACCCAGGUACUGUGCUGGCACAAUGCCCUGGGGGAACCCUGGUGAUCACAGAGACUUUGAGCCCCAGCGUCAUGACGAUGGCUACAUUGAAGUCAUUGGGUUCACCAUGGCCUCGCUGGCUGCUCUCCAGGUGGGUGGUCACGGAGAGAGGUUGCACCAGUGCCGGGAGGUGACGCUUUUGACGUACAAGUCUAUCCCCAUGCAAGUGGAUGGCGAACCCUGUCGGUUGGCUCCCUCCCUCAUCCGGAUCUCCUUAAGGAACCAAGCCAACAUGGUGCAGAAAAGCAAGAGGAGAACGUCUAUGCCUUUGCUGAAUGAUAUCCAUAAAGUGCAGUCUGCUGACCUGAGGAGAGUCUCGGCUCCCCCUGAUUCCUUCACUGUUCCUCAUUCCAUCCCAGAUCGCCUGCGGAUCAGAGUGAACAGGAUUAAUUUACAAGAAUACGAGGGGCUACAUUACGACAAGGAAAAACUGCGGGAAGCUUCCAUUCCCCUAGGAAUCAUAGUUGUACGAGGAGAUUGUGACUUGGAGACUUGUCGUAUGUACAUUGACCGUCUACAAGAGGACCUACAGUCAGUAACCUCUACUACACAGAGAGUUCAUUACCAGGACCAGGAAAGCUCUUUCCCCAGAGUACUUUCUGUUCAGAGGCUCUCUCCUAGAUGGUGCUUCCUAGAUGCAACUUCUGCUGAUCGUUUUUACCGCAUUGACAGAUCUCAGGAACAUUUGCACUUUGUGACAGAAAUUUCGCAGGACGAGAUUUUUAUUCUGGACCCAGAGAUGGUAAUGUCUCAGCAGGUGGGGACGCCUCCAGGAAUGCCUGAUCUGGUAGUGGAGCAGGCAACUGGAAUAUCGGAUCGGUGGAACCCUGCAGUUCGGAAGAGGAUGCUGAGUGACAGCGGCCUUGGGAAGAUUUCUCCCCACUAUGAGGUACCUGACAAACAAAAGGACGCCAGCCAGACACAUAUGCUGCAGUCACCGGUUUCUUCAGAAGAUCAAGCACUUUUACAGGCAGUCAUAUCUGGUGAUCUACUGAAGUUCAUAGAAUGUUGUAAAAAAGGAGCCAAUUUGUUAAUCCAAGGUCCUGAUCACUGCUCCUUGUUGCAUCAUGCUGCCAAGACUGGGAACGGCGAGAUUGUGAAAUACAUCCUGGAGCAUGGUCCAGCUGAAUUACUGGACAUGACAGACAGUGAAACGGGUGAGACAGCAUUACAUAAGGCAGCCUGCCAGCGCCACCGCGCCGUCUGCCAGCUCCUGGUGGAUGCGGGAGCCUCUCUGAGAAAGACAGACUCCAAGGGUAAGACCCCUCGUGACAGGGCUCAGCAAGCUGGUGAUCCAGAUCUGGCCUCCUACCUGGAGAGUCGACAAAACUAUCAAAUGGUUUCCCAUGAGGAUCUAGAGACAGCAGUCUGA